ACAAUCAGCUGAUCGCGUCAGAGCGAGAGUUGCUAUAAAAUUUAUCAAAUGAUUUUCCGAGAGUUCUCAUGAGUUUUCGUGCAGAAAGGACACCCUGGAAUGCUGGGCAGGACGUGGAAUUUGUGCAGGAGUGUCAGGAGAACACAGGGAUGGACAAGUGCUGCAGGAUCAGAUAACAACAAUUUCAGGGUCGUUUUUUCCUAUUACAGGGUUUUCCGCCACUUUUCUAGGCCAUUCUUCAUCUUUAGCGACGUGAACAGGCGGAAAGUGUACGAAAAGAAGAAACUCGUAGGCUACAACGAAGAGCAGAUGUUCAGUGUCGUUUCUGAUGUCGAUAACUAUGAGAACUUCCUGCCUUGGUGCAAGAAAUCUCACGUUCACGGACGACGAGAGAACUUCCUCAAGGGUGAUUUGAUCAUUGGCUUUCCUCCUCUGACGGAGAAAUACACGUCAAACGUGAGUAUGACGAAGCCCACGUACAUCAAGGCGGAGUGCGUCGAUGGGAGACUCUUCAGCUACUUCCUGACCAUCUGGCGAUUUAGUCGAGGACUUAAGGACAUCCCACAGUCUUGUGUGAUUGAUAUUCACGUGGCUUUUGAGUUCAAAUCUGCCAUUCACUCGCAAAUUUCCAACAUUUUCUUCGAUCAAAUUGUGCGACAAAUGGAAGAUGCCUUUAUCAGGGAAGCAGAGUGUAGAUACGGCAAUCCAGCCAUCAAGAGUCACGUUCUGGGAUACAGAAGCUCAUGACCACACCAAAUGCUCUAGGU